CCUCGUCCGAGCCUCAUCCAGCGCAGCAGACCCGAGUUUAGAGCGAACACAGCCGGGGAAGAGGGCUUCAGGAGCCGCUCCAGAGUUGGACAAUCUCCCCGGGUUCAAACAACUCUUGUCCGCGGAGUGGAUUUGAGACGAGGAGGAGCGAGUCUUCAGAGGAUAGAAGAGGAGGAGGAGUCAUUAACAGCCAAGAUGGAGGUGAAAACAUCACUUCUAGACAAUAUGAUUGGGGUUGGGGAUAUGGUCCUUCUGGAGCCCCUGAAUGAAGACUCAUUUCUGGACAACCUGAAAAAACGCUUUGACCACAAUGAGAUCUAUACAUACAUUGGCAGUGUGGUGAUCUCCAUAAACCCCUACAGGUCCCUGCCCAUCUACACGCCAGAGAAGGUGGAAGAGUAUCGCAACAGAAACUUCUAUGAACUUAGUCCCCAUAUCUAUGCUUUGGCAGAUGAAGCAUACCGCUCACUGAGGGACCAAGACAAGGACCAGUGUAUCCUCAUUACAGGGGAAAGCGGAGCUGGAAAAACCGAGGCCAGUAAGCUGGUGAUGUCAUACGUGGCGGCAGUGUGUGGGAAGGGCCAGGAGGUGAAUAAGGUCAAGGAACAGCUGCUGCAGUCCAAUCCUGUGCUGGAGGCAUUUGGAAACGCCAAAACCGUACGCAAUGACAACUCUUCAAGAUUUGGGAAGUACAUGGACAUUGAGUUUGACUUCAAAGGAGAUCCACUGGGUGGAGUCAUCAGCAACUAUCUGCUGGAGAAGUCCCGUGUGGUGAAACAGCCAAGAGGCGAGAGGAACUUCCACAUAUUUUACCAGCUCUUAUCCGGAGCCUCAGAUGAUACGCUCAAAAAGCUCAAGCUGGACCGGGACUUCAGCAAGUACAACUAUCUGAGUCUGGACUCGGCCGCGGUCAGCGGGCUGGACGAUGCAGCAAACUUCAGGACUGUCAGAAAUGCCAUGCAAAUCGUGGGCUUUAUGGAAAAUGAAAUGCAGUCAGUGUUGGAGCUGGUAGCAGCCGUGUUGAAGCUCGGCAAUAUUGAGUUCAAACCAGAGUUGCGCUGCAACGGCAUUGACGAGAGUCGUGUUAAGGACAAAAAUGAUUUGAAGGAAAUGUGUGAGCUCCUGGGAAUUGAACAGUCUGUGCUGGAGAGAGCCUUCAGCUACCGAACGGUUGAGGCCAAGAUGGAGAAAGUUUCCACCACCCUGAAUGUGGCCCAGGCCUACUAUGCCCGAGAUGCCCUUGCCAAAAAUCUCUAUAGUCGCCUGUUCAGCUGGUUAAUUACCAGGAUCAACGAGACCAUAAGAGCACAAGCUAAAACUCGCCACAAGGUUAUGGGUGUGCUGGACAUUUAUGGCUUUGAAAUUUUUGAGGACAACAGCUUUGAGCAGUUCAUCAUCAACUACUGUAAUGAAAAGCUGCAGCAGAUCUUUAUAGAGCUGACUCUGCGUGAGGAGCAGGAAGAGUAUGUUAGAGAGGGCAUCGAGUGGACCAACAUUGAGUAUUUUAACAAUGCGAUUAUCUGUGACCUCAUUGAGAAUAACCAAAAUGGUAUCUUGGCCAUGUUGGAUGAAGAGUGCCUGAGGCCAGGGACUGUCACAGAUGAGACCUUCUUGGACAAAUUGAACACAAUCUGCGCUGAACACCAGCACUUUGAAAGUCGUCUUAGCAAGAAUUCAAAGUUCCUCACCGACCAUAGUCUGCCACACAACUGCUUCCGCAUCCAGCACUAUGCUGGCAAGGUGCUGUACAAAGCUGAAGGCUUUGUUGACAAAAACAAUGAUCUGCUAUACCGGGACUUGUCACAGGCCAUGUACAAGGCCAAUCACAGCCUCAUGAAACAACUCUUCCCUGAAGGCAAUCCUGCCAAAGUAAACCUCAAACGACCACCAACUGCUGGAUUCCAGUUCAGAGCAUCUGUUGGCACACUGAUGAGCAACCUGCAGACAAAGAACCCCAAUUACAUUCGAUGCGUCAAGCCCAAUGACAAGAAGGCAUCUCACAUCUUCACCGAGGCCCUGGUCUGCCAUCAGGUGCGCUACCUAGGUCUGAUGGAGAAUGUUCGUGUGAGGAGAGCAGGCUACGCCUUUCGUCAGGCCUACGAACCCUGCCUUGAACGCUACAAAAUGCUCUGCAAAAAGACUUGGCCACACUGGAGGGGGCCUGCCAGGGAAGGUGUGGAGGUGCUGUUGACGGACCUGCAGGUUCCAACAGAAGAGUUCUCAUACGGCCGCUCAAAGAUCUUUAUCAGGAACCCAAGAACGCUCUUUUUCUUGGAGGAAAAACGGAAGCAGUGCCUAGAGGACCUUGCAACUCUGAUUCAGAAGAUCUACAGAGGCUGGAAAUGUCGCCGUCAGUUUCUUCUGCUGAAAAAGAGCCAGAUCGUGGUAGCAGCAUGGUACCGCCGAUACGCGCAACAAAAGAAGUACCAGAAUAUCAAGAAGGCAACAACUGUGGUGCAGUCAUAUGCCAGAGGGUGGCAGGCCCGCAAACUCCUGAGAAAGCUAAAGCACGAGAAGAAAUGUGAGGAGGCAGUGACCACGAUCUCGGCUUACUGGCAUGGCACACAGGCUCGGAUGGAAUUAAGACGUCUAAAGCAAGAAGUGCGGAAUAAACGUGCUGUGACAGUAAUUUGGGCAUACUGGCAGGGAACCAAGGCCCGCAGGGAGCUCAGGAGACUGAAGGAGGAGGCCAGGCGUGAGCAUGCUGUCGCUGUGAUUUGGGCCUACUGGCAGGGACUCAAGGUCCGCAGAGAGUACAGGAAAUUUUUCAGGGCAAAUGCAGGCAAGAAGAUCUACAACUUUACCAUCCAGAGAAUUAUGCAAAAAUACUUCCUUGACCUGAAGCACAACAUGCCCCCCAUGUCCCCCAUAGACAAGAGCUGGCCUCCUCGGCCUUACUUGUUCCUGGAGGGAGUCCACACAGAGCUCAAGAGGAUUUUUCAUCUCUGGAGGUGCAAGAAAUACAGGAGCCAGUUCACAGAGGAGAAAAGGGCAGUGUACGAGGAGAAGCUGAAGGCAAGCGAGCUCUUCAAGGAUAAAAAGGCUCUCUACCCAAGCAGUGUGAGUCAGCCUUUCAAAGGAGACUACCUGGAGAUCAACAAAAACCCCAAAUACCAGAAACUCAACAACGUUGUAGAUGAGAAGGUUCUGCUGGCUGAUGUGGUCAACAAAAUCAACAGGGCUAAUGGAAAGGGUUCGGCUCGAAUCCUCCUGCUAACUAAGAGGAGUCUCAUAUUGGCUGACCAGAAAACGGGGCAUGUGAAGGCCAGCGUCCCUCUGGCAGACCUUGCCAGUGUUUCAGCCAGUACACAAGCUGACGGCUUCUUUGCUCUGCAACUUAAAGAGGGGUCUACUUCAGCUGCUAAAGGAGACUUCUUGCUCAGCAGUGAUCAUCUGAUUGAAAUAAUCACCAAACUCCACCGGGUCAGCGCCUCGUUUUCAGAGAAGGAGCCAAUCGGCCUCGACAUAUCUGAUGAGUUUCUGGUGCAGUUUAAACAUGACAAAGUGUGCAUCAAGUUCAUCCAGGGCAGCCCAAAGAACGGCAACAAUGCGUCCUGCAAACGUAAAAACAACCGCCUGCUGGAGGUGUCAGUUCCCGUAUCGCCCUAAUGCCGUCACACUCUCCUCUGCUCCUGCUGAUCUUCACACCUUCUCAGUCUGGAGGUGAGACUGAGCACCAAACUCCAACACUCUGGACUCAAAAUAAUCACCACAUUGGUCCUAACCAUGGGCCCAAACAUGUGCAGUUAUUUGGCUUAUCAGAUUUAUUAUGAUGCCGCUAUAGCUGAGAAAAUGUGCCACUUUUUUUUGGCAAAGAAAUCCCUAAUGUGGGUUGCAUGCCAUAGAAAUUUGGUGUAAAGAGUUGAUGCUGGUGCACAAGACUUUCUGUACACUGGUAGUGGCGUCACUAACGAUUGCUCUGCCUGUAUAGUAAAUUUAGUUUUCAGAGA